AGAAGCGCGAUUGAACUUGCAAUUUUUUAUUUAUUACAUCUAUUUAUUUUUUACUGAUAUUCAAAACUAAUUCCAUAUUUAAACAUAUUGUGUCAACUGUCCAAUUGAAUUAUCAUCGAAAUAAAAUCAAUAGUUUUCUUGGAUAUUUUUUCAUAUAUUUGCACAUCAGUUUUGCAAAUUUUGAUUUGUUGGAGCAUAGUAUAAAAAAUAACGAAAAAAACGAUGUUGACAGAAGAUUUAUUGUCCUUUUUUUUGAAUACGGUAACAUGUGAUGAGUCGCUGAAAGUCGUUCAGCAAAUCUAAAACGGCUUCAUAUCCAAUUCAAAUAUUAUUUCUCGCAUUUACGGAAAAAAUAUUACAAAAAAUGACGGAAAACGUUCAAGCACAAUUAUUAGAGGGAAAAUCAAAUAUAAAACGGGCAUCAACAGAAAAGCUUCGGGAAGUAUUCCAAAAAUAUGCGUCGCAUAAAACAGAAGCUUGUGAAUAUUACAUGACUGAUGACGAUUUUGUCCGAAAAUAUUUGGGUUUUUUUCCUGAAGAAAAUUAUAAUAAGGCUUCAGUUACAUAUCUUGCUGGAGUUCUAGAUUCAGACAAAGAUGGACUCAUAUCAUUUGCAGAGUUUCAAGCAUUUGAAGGACUUUUAUGUGCACCAGAUGCAUUAUACAAAACAGCAUUUCAAUUAUUUGAUACUAAUGGAAAUGGUGCAGUUAGUUUUGAUGAGUUUGUCGAGGUUAUUAAAAAAACAGAACUAUACAAAAGGAUUCCAGUAGAAUUAGAUGGACCUUUUGCAAGACUUUAUUUUGGAAAGGAUAAACAAAGAGUGAUCAGUUAUUCUGAAUUCAGUCAAUUCUUACAUGAUUUUCAUGAAGAGUGUGCUGUAGAAGCCUUUAAGAGUAAAGAUCCUAAUGGCAGUGGCUUCAUUUCUGCCUUAGAUUUUCAAGAUACGAUGAUCAACGUCAAAAAACAUUUACUCACACCAGCUGUUAGGGAUAAUUUAGUUGCUGUCACACAAGGGCAAAAAGUUAGCUUUCCUUACUUUAUGGCAUUUAAUUCAUUGCUAAAUAACAUGGAACUUAUAAAAAGAGUUUAUUUAAAUGCUUCUAGUGGAAGUCGAGUUGAAGAAGUAACUAAAGAAAAUCUGCUAUACUCAUCACAAUUAAUGAGCCAAGUAACUCCACUAGAAGUUGAUAUAUUAUAUCAACUUACAAAUGCCAUCUCACAGUCCAGUGAUGGACUGUUACAAGCUAAAAAUAGUGCAUUUGUGAAAAGUACAAUUGUCUACUCAGAUCUUAAUAAAAUAGCCCCGGAAAACUAUGUAAAAAACAUAACUCUACGUGUUACGGAUAUUAAAGCCGUUGACAGUCCAGCUGAUCGAAGUAUUUUGAUUCAAGCAUUAGAAAGCGCAUAUAGAUUUACUCUUGGAUCUGUUGCUGGAGCUCUGGGAGCAACAUCCGUAUAUCCUAUCGAUUUAGUAAAAACACGAAUGCAAAACCAACGAGCUGCCUUAGUAGGUGAAAUUGCAUAUAGAAAUUCAUGGGAUUGUUGCAAAAAAGUUAUUCGGCAUGAAGGUUUCUUAGGACUAUACCGCGGGCUUAUACCACAACUUUUAGGCGUUGCUCCAGAAAAAGCAAUUAAAUUGACAGUUAAUGAUUUAGUGCGAGACAAACUGACAGAUAAGAAAGGAAAAAUACCGUUAUGGGCAGAAAUUGUGGCCGGAGGAUGUGCUGGUGGAUCACAAGUUGUGUUUACAAAUCCUUUAGAAAUUGUAAAAAUUCGGUUACAAGUGGCUGGUGAGACUCCUGGUGGAUCGAAAAUUCGCGCUUGGCAUGUUGUGAAAGAACUGGGCUUAUUUGGUUUAUAUAAAGGAGCUCGCGCAUGUUUUCUUCGCGAUAUUCCAUUUUCUGCGAUUUAUUUCCCAGCUUACGCACACACAAAGGCGAAAAUGGCUGAUGAUAAUGGUUACAAUCAUCCAUUGACACUUCUUGCUGCAGGCGCUAUUUCUGGAAUCCCGGCGGCUAGUUUGGUCACUCCUGCCGACGUCAUAAAAACUAGACUUCAAGUCGUAGCGAGAAGUGGUCAGACAACAUACAAUGGGGUUUUUGACGCUGCUAGAAAAAUUAUGAAAGAAGAAGGUUUUCGAGCAUUUUGGAAAGGAACAGUUGCUCGUGUGUGCCGAUCAUCACCACAAUUCGGAGUUACAUUGGUUACUUAUGAGUUAUUACAAAGGUUAUUUUAUGUUGAUUUUGGUGGUUCUCGUCCAAGUGGCUCGGAACAGUACUCUGCUGCAACUUUGGAAGACAUUCAUAAAAAGAUAAAUCCUGAUCAUAUUGGAGGAUAUAGAGCUGCUGUUCCAAUGAUAAAAGGCAUUGAAACAAAGUUUGGCUUAAGUCUACCGAAAUUUGGUCACGAUAUACUUAUUGCCAAAAAAUUAUGAUUUAGACAUGAUACAAAUUUGACCGAGUGAACAACUCAAAUAUUACCUAAACUUUUAUUCAUAAAAUUAAAUCAAAACAACAAUAAUAAAAUGAUAUAUAUAUAUAUAUAUUUUUUUUUUUGAAAGUAGGAAUAGCUAGUAAAGAAAUAGAUUUCGCAAUACAUACACAUAAUUUUAUUUUGUUGUUUCUUUAUAAUGUAUGUCAAAGUUAUAUCAUCCCGGUAAGUCGUUACGUUUAAGUAUUCCAGUCUGUUUGAUGUACCAUCAAAUCGAAAAAACUUUACUCAAGAAAUCAGAACACAUUAAAAUCCCGGGCGAAAAGGAUAAAUCGCACAACUGACAUUUUUCACAAAAUUGAGUUAAGAAUGAGAAAAUAUGCCUUAAGACGAGUAUUUUAAGAUACAUUGAGAGAUUUUCAAAAAUUUUUAAAAAAUACCAGUUUUAUUUCAAUAGAAAGAAUAGACGAAAAGGAUAAAUCGCACAAAUGCAUGAAAAU